AUGGUUCUUGAUUUUGGACUUCGUCAAAGUGGACUUUUUGGACUGACGUUGCUGGUAUCCAUAGGAAUUGUGCAAGGAACUUCAAAACAGCAGUUUGUUAGUACAGAUCCAGUUUUUGCCGAGCCAAUACCAAAUAUCACAGUAACAGCAGGAAGAAAUGUGAGCUUACCCUGUAUUGUAGACAAUCUCCAAAAUUAUCGAGUAGCAUGGAUUCACACCAAUAGAUAUACACUUUUAACCCUCCAAAACAGAGUAAUAACAAGAAGCUCUCGAUACAAGGUAAGCCACAACAGCCAUCGGACGUGGUGGCUUCACAUUUCAAAUGUUCAAGAACGAGACCGAGGGGAAUACAUGUGCCAAAUCAAUACAAUCCCCAUGAUGACACAGGUGGGAUAUCUGGAAGUUGUGGUUCCUCCUUAUCUGGACGAAGAGCUUACUAGUUCCGACACGGAUGUGCGCGAAGGCACCGAUGUGAGUUUGAGGUGCAACGCCAAGGGCUCGCCGGAACCGGAAGUCACAUGGCGCAGAGAAGAUGGGCAGGAAAUUUCCCUUGGCAAAACUAAAGUAACGACGAUGAGAGGCAACUUUUUAAAUAUAACCAAAGUUAGCAGACUUCAUAUGGGCGCCUAUUUGUGCAUUUCAUCAAAUGGAGUUCCUCCAUCUCUGAGCAAAAGGAUAUUACUUGGAGUCAGCUUUACACCAAUGAUUUGGAUCCCAAACCAGCUUGUUGGUGCACCUGUUACAACGGAUGUCUUACUUCAAUGCAACCUAGAAUCCCACCCACGUUCAGUUACUUAUUGGAUGAAAGAAGGUGGAAUUAUGGUAUUGACUAACUUGAAAUACAGAACAGAAGUUCAGCCCACUGUGCUGUAUAAAGUUCAGCUGAAACUUUUCAUAAAAAAUCUGCAGCCGGAAGACUUCGGAUCGUAUACUUGUGUUGCGAAGAAUUCUCUCGGAGAGACAGAGGGAACGAUACGAUUGUACGAAAUUCCACCCCCGUCGUCAAUUGUGAGCUCGCAAGGCGUCGACAUAUUUCUUUCUAAGUCAGAAAAGUUAAGAAAUGGACACCAGCAGAACUCUUACAAGAAGCACGAAGAUAAAGAUUAUUCGCCGCAGGAUCCAGCAGAUCAAAACUCAAAUUUUCGCCCGAAAGAAGAAUUUUCUCAAACCUUAAAAACAAAAGGUAAUUUCCGCAAUCGCUGUUUUUUGCACUGGCUUUCCAUGCUAACUUACUUGUUGGUGGUUUAUAUUCAUCAGAGUUUUAUAACUAACAUAUCGUGAUUUUCUUCAAAGCUCAAUGCAUAUGUUAAGACUGGUGUUACUGUUUUUGGAAAGUACAAUAAUGCAUUAUAUCAAGUAAUGAAAGCUAGUAAUCCAAAUAAAUUAACUUAUUCGAGAUUUUUAUAUGUGUCUAAUAAGUUUUCACUUCAUUUUAUGGGAAACAAACUCACAUCAUCAACCGCCAAAUAAGACGAAAAAAACACGCCAUUGGAGAGAGAAAACAUUUUAUCUUUCUAUUUUUUUUUCGAUUUAUAUAUUAAAAGAAAUUGAAUUAAUAACAUCUCAACUUGGUUUUAGUUAUUUCCCUCAUUAAUGUCGCAGAAAUCGGUCUUUGAAUCACGGAUUAAACCAGAAACUUUCAUUCCUAUUCGAAUUUGUGUGUCUCUAAAGAACUUCUUAGCAGAAGUGCA